AUGUUUUCUAGGCACACUUUCACAAAAUCUGGCUAUUUUAUGUUCCAAGUAAUGAGAUAUGCUGUUGAGGAAAUAAAUAACUCCACCACGUUGCUGCCCAAUGUUUCUCUGGGCUAUGACAUUUUUGACCAUUGUUCUGACACUAAGAAUUUCCCUUCAGUCUUACAUUUUAUGUCACAGAAUGGAUCAAUAAAACCUAGAGAAAAACUCAACAGCCAUCAGUCUAAAGUCAUUGCUUUAACAGGACCAUAUGGAAGCUCAAGAACUAUAACUGUUGCUCAAGUGCUCACAAUGGAUCUUAUACCGAUGGUGAAUUAUGGGGCUUCAAGUUAUGAAUUGAGUAAUAAACUUAAGUAUCCAACAUUAAUAAGAACAGUCGCUAGCAGCAAUGUUUUGAUACAGAUGAUUAUUCGCAUCCUACAGUGGUUUGGGUGGAACUGGGUUGCUUUUCUUGGAGGCCCAGACAAUUACAGCGAAGAUGGACUAAAACUGUUUUACAAGUAUACUGAAAAUACUAGCAUCUGCUUGGCCUAUCAGGACACUAUUAGAAUAGGGGGAAACUACAACCAGACACUUAAAAAUAUCAAUAGCAAAAACAUUAAUGUCAUUGUGGUUUAUGCUGUGGCAAUGUAUGUAGAAAACUUUAUAAGAGCUGCAAUAGCAAACAACAUUCAAGGCAAAGUUUGGAUUGCUGGUCAAGGAUGGUCUAUGCAUCAGCAGCUUCCAAAGGAGCCAGGAAUUGAGAAAAUUGGUACCGUUAUUGGCAUUAAUGAUAGAACAAUGUCAUUACCUGGAUUUGAUAAGUUCAUUUAUAAAGCCAAAGCCACACCUAAUAAUGGCAAUGUUAAGAAUGAAGUCCAGAGUAAGAUAUGCAAUCAAGAAUGCAAGGAAGGUACAUUGUUGACUGCAGAGCAAAUUAUUAACGAAGACCCGUCAUAUGCAUUUGGUGUCUACUCUUCCAUACAUUCCAUUGCUCGUGCAUUACAUAAAGUUCUGCAGUGCAAAAUAAAUCAAUGCAGCAAAAAUAUAACAGUUAAACCGUACAUGCUUCUGAGAGAAAUUAAGAAUUUGGAUUUUCCACUCAAUGGACGUGAGGUGAAAUAUGAUCUUAAUGGUGAUUCACCUGUCAGCUAUGCAGUUGUGCUCUGGCACACUAAAACAAAACCUCCACGGAUUGAGAUGGUGGGCACAUUUGACACGUAUCCAGAAACAUAUUUUACUAUAAAUAACUCUCUUAUGCCCUGGGAUAACAAUACAGUUCCUUUCUCGAACUGCUCUGUUGAAUGUGAGGAUGGAUAUUCAAGGGAACGUGAGGGAUUUAAUGAUUGCUGUUUUCAGUGUAUAAAAUGCCCACAAAACACCUAUGUGGAUUAUUCUCGUAAGUACCUUCUUGAUAUUUGA